CUGGAAGCGGAAGCGUCCCGAAACAAAACGCCGCCGUCCAAAGCGUCCCAAACUGUUCGAGCAGCACGGUGAAGAACACACUGAUAACCCUCGUAGACUCGCAAGUGACUCCGUUUCAGCAGCAAAGCAAAAAUGCCCGGCGGCAAGAGAGUGGAAACCUACGAGGACUUCGUGAAAGUCCAUGGGCUGCUAUUGGCGGCGUCGGGGCUCCAUCAGUCGCUGCACUUCCAGCUCUUCCAGAAGCUCUCGUCAGAGACCUUCGACGGCGGGGCCCACUUCCGAAUCGAAACCUGCGAAGACGGCCGUCAGAGGCGGCUCGUCCUCACCUCGGACUCCAUUCCAAAGCACUCUCACGUGUUCCUCAUCGACCACGCCUGGACCUUCCGCCUCUCCGACGCCUACAAACAAUUGCAGGAAGUUCCGGGAUUGGCUGAGAGGAUGGCGGCUCUGAUGUGUGUGGAGGACACGGAAGAGAGCGAGGAAGCAGUGGACGGAGUUUCGCAUCAAAACGGCGCCGAACCGGGGGUCUUAGAAACGAUUGAAAGCGAAAUCAGUAAUGCGAAAGAGAAAGGAGAAAACGGCGGCGUUUUGUGGCUGGAGCUUGAGGAGCUUGGCAUUGAUGAUCACAUGCUCUUGUCCCUCGAUUUAUCCAGUAGAUUUCCGGAUUUACUUGCACUGAGUCUGUGCGGGAACAAGCUUGAGAAUGUGGAAAUGGUUGCCCGGGAAGUUACUAAAUUUGGAAACCUAAGAGCGCUCUGGAUCAACAAUAAUCCUGUUGUUCAAAAUUGUGGGGAUCAACUGGCGGAUAUAGUUAUUCGAGGGUUGCCGAAACUGGAAAUCUACAACUCACGUUUCACUGCCAAAUUUGGUGAGUGGGCAUUGGGCUUCUGUGGAGGAGUGUAUGAUAAGGAUAAUGCGGGCAAUGUCCGUGGUGGUGACUAUCCAUUGGAGAGUGUGACCUCUAUGGAUGUUUCGAAUAGAUGUAUUCACAAUUUGGUCAAUAAGGCUUUUUCACCUGUUGAGUUGCCAUCUCUAUCGUACUUGAAUCUUCGGGGGAAUCCGUUGGAACAGAAUUCAGUUGGUGACUUGUUGGAAGUCCUGAAGGGAUUUCCAUGCUUACAGUCUCUGGAGGUGGAUAUUCCUGGGCCCCUUGGAGAAAGUGCCAUUGAGAUUCUUGAAUCUCUUCCGAAGCUUUCUGAACUGAAUGGUGUCAAUGCAUCAAAGAUAUUAGAAACUGGAAAGCACGUGAUUGAUUCGAUGCUUCAGCCACAUCUUCCUGAGUGGACUGCUGAGGAGCCUCUUGCCGAUCGUAUUAUAAAUGCUAUGUGGCUAUAUUUGAUGACAUAUAGACUUGCAGAUGAGGAAAAGAUUGAUGAAACCUCCGUCUGGUAUGUGAUGGAUGAACUAGGUUCAGCAUUGAGGCACAGUGAUGAGCCCAAUUUCAGGGUGGCUCCUUUUCUCUACAUGCCAGAGGGAAAUCUUGCAUCAGCUGUGAGCUUUUCUAUACUAUGGCCAACUCAGAAUGUUGAAAAAGGAGAUGAGUGUACCCGUGAUUUUCUUUUUGGUAUUGGGGAGGACAAACAACGUUCUGCCAGACUUUCAGCUUGGUUUCAUACACCGGAGAAUUAUUUUAUUCAAGAGUACAAGAAACACUGUCAAAACUUGGAAUCGAAAAGUUUGAUUUCUCCAUCCAUACAGUCUUCUACAACUAGAAGUAUACAUCGUACUGAUGGACCUGCUUUACGUGUUUACACUGAUAUACCUCAUGUUGAAGAGUUUUUGAAACGUCCAGAAUUUGUCAUCACAUCUGAACCUAAGGAUGCUGAUAUUAUAUGGACGGGUAUGCAGGUGGAUGAAGAUAUGAAGAAGGCUGCCAGAAUAACAGAUCAGCAAUACAUAAACCAAUUUCCUUUUGAGGCUUGUCUUGUCAUGAAACAUCAUUUGGCAGAAACUAUUCGGAAGGCACAUGGAUCUCCUGAAUGGUUGCAGCCCACUUACAAUCUUGAAACUCAAUUAUCUCAACUUAUUGGUGACUAUAAUGUACGCAGAAGAGAUGGGCUUAACAAUCUAUGGAUCUUAAAACCUUGGAACAUGGCACGAACUAUUGAUACGACUGUCACUGAUAAUUUAACCGCUAUCAUCCGUCUCAUGGAGACCGGUCCUAAAAUAUGCCAAAAGUAUAUUGAGCACCCUGCUUUGUUUAAUGGGAAGAAGUUUGAUCUUCGUUACAUAGUACUGGUUCGGGGUAUGAACCCUUUAGAAAUAUUCCUUUCCGACGUGUUCUGGGUUAGAUUGGCAAACAACCCAUAUUCUUUAGAGAAGCACAGUUUUUUCGAAUACGAGACGCACUUUACUGUUAUGAACUAUCGUGGGAGAUUCAGUCACAAGUAUACGCCAGAGUUUGUGACAGAAUUUGAACAGGAACAUCAAGUUAAAUGGUUGGAGAUCCAUCAGAGAGUGAGAAAAUUGUUACGAUCAGUCUUCGAUUCAGCUACUGCAGUACAUCCGGAGAUGCAUAGUCCUAGAUCGAGGGCUAUUUAUGGUGUGGAUAUCAUGCUCGAUAGCUGUUUCCAGCCAAAGUUGUUGGAGGUUACUUACUGUCCAGACUGUACAAGAGCAUGCAAGUAUGAUACAGAAUCUAUAUUUGGAGGGGGAGGAGUUGUUCAAGGUCGUGAUUUCUUUAAUGAUGUGUUUGGCUGUCUCUUUUUGAAUGAAACAACCCAUGUCAGCCCAUUGUAAUUGAACAAUACAGAAUAAUCUUUCCUACCGGUGUAUUCGAGCCAUAAAUUUGGUACAUGUGGUCUUGCUGAAAGGUCUUGUAGACAGGUACGCUGGUUUGCACAUUAUAGACAUCCAUGUGAAAUUAUACCCUUUUCUGCUUUCCGAA